AUGGCUAUAGGCGCUCCAAAAAAUUCAACAUUAUCAUGUUUGGGCGGUGGAACACAAACUGAUUCAACAAAUCUUGAUAGAACAAUUGGAACAUUGAAACGGUGUCUUGAAAUGGCUGGAACAAGUACAAAAAAGAAGAAUGAUGAUUUUAUUAAAGUCAAUCAACAAUUUGUGAGUUGAUUUUUUUUGUGAAAACAAUUAGCAUAACUUCGAAAAAUCAAUACUGUUAUAGGAAGAUUUGCGGUUAGAAGAAGCAGUUCCAGAAGCAUCAAAAUGGCCACAUUGUCAACAUAUGAUAAGUCAAGAUGAAGCAAGACAAGUCGAUGAACAAAUUAAGAAUAUUCGACUUGUUCCCUAUAAGGUUAGUUUUUUAUUUUUCUAUAAUAAAAAUCACCUGAUUUAAGAUCAAAACUUGAUCAUCAAAAUAAAAAAUUUACCAAAAUACCUUUUAAUUUCAGGACGAGAGUCAAAUAAGUGAUAUAAUGCGUUUAAUCACAAAAGAUUUAUCCGAACCAUACUCAAUUUAUACCUACAGAUAUUUCCUUCACAAUUGGCCCGAACUUUGUUUUUUGGUAAGUUUUAUUUAAUUUUUCCCGAACAACCUUUGACUUAUUUUUUGAUACGUUAUCUUAUCAAAAGGUGUCAGUUUUCUCGGAGAAUCGAUUAAAAUCUGGUUCUUCGAACAAUUUUUGCAAUGAAAAUUAAUUUUUUUUGAAAACAGGCUUAUGAUACCGAAGCAAGUACAUAUGUUGGAGCUGUUUUAUGUAAAUUAGAAACUGAAUUGAAUGCAUGGAAUAAAGGAUAUGUUGCAAUGUUAGCUGUGGAUGAAUCGUGUAGAAGAUUAGGAUUAGGUUCGAAUUCUUUCAGCCAGGGAGAAGAAAUAAAAAUGAAUAUUCUGAAUUUUAGGAACUCGUUUGGUUCGUCGAGCAAUCGAUGCAAUGCAAUCAAAAGGAUGUGAUGAAGUUGUUUUGGAAACUGAAGUGUCAAACAAAAAUGCUCAAAGAUUAUACAGUAAUUUGGGUUUCAUAAGAGAGAAACGGUUAAUAAAGUGAGUUUUUGUUUGUCUUUUACAUAUUUUUCAAUCAAUUUGAAAUUUCAGAUAUUAUUUAAAUGGAGGUGACGCGUUCCGUUUGAAAUUGAUUUUCAAUUCAAAACCACCACUUAUUCUUCGAGAUGAACAAUUGAAAAGAAAAAAGGAAUUUGAAAAAUAUGAGUCCGAUGAUGAUUUUGAAACUGAAGAGGAUUCUGGAGAAUACGAUGAAAAUGGUGAACGUCUGUGUAUGUAA